GUGUACUGGCUAGGCUUUGUUCAAAGAAGUAUCGGAAAGUCAAAAAUGGAGUCCUGCGCUGCAAAUGCUAAAAGUCUCGAAGAUCUUUUAAGUGCGAAGCAAUUACAACAUAUAUUGGAUAGGCUUGCCAAAUCUGGAGCUGAGCUUGUCAGCUAUGACCUCAAAUCAGCGACCCAAGGUAUCGCCGGGUUCCUUGGGGACCACUUAAGGCUGACACUUCACGUCAAGGAGGAGUUUGUAAGGAAGAUACACUUGUUCGUUAAAACUAUACCGAUGGGCAACCAACCUAAGGCUGAAUUUAUUACGCAAAAUCAGUUUAAUAAGAGGGAAGCGUUAAUGUUCAAGCUGUUUGAGGAGAUGGGGGGGACUGAGGAUCCGAACCCUUGGCGACCGAAAGCUUAUAUUUACACCGAAAACAUAUUAGUGAUGCCUGAUCUCUGCGCGGAGGGAUACAAAUCGUUUCCUGCUAAGAAAUAUUUGGAUAAAAACCACGUCUUAGUCACCAUGGCAUCUAUUGCUCGCUUUCACGCAGCCUUCUUCAACUUUAUUACUAAGAAAACUGCCAAUGGAAAGAAAUCCUACCAUUUUCUAGAUGAUUGUAGCCAUAUUAUGACUGAACCGAUUUUUAUCGACUCGCCGUGGCUACAUACCGCUGCGAAAUUAACUAGCCAAUUUCUAAAAGAACUAUCACUAAAUUCUGAAGGCUAUUCGAACGAUUUAGAGGAAAGAUUAGUUGAUUUUUAUGUUAAGGCGUGUGAAAGUUUAAAAUUAUACGAAGAGACUUUAAAUGUCAUCAUUCAUAAGGAUUUGUGGAUGAAUAACAUAUUGUUUCGUUAUAAUGGAGAUCUGGUCACCAAUGCUGUGAUAAUAGAUUAUCAGUGUACGCGUUUUGCUCCACCGGCCUUUGACAUCAUGGGGUUUCUGUAUUUAACUACAUCAAGAAGAUUCCGUGAGUGUUACGAAAAUGAAGUAUUGCGGCAUUAUUACUCAGUUUUUUUGGAAUCCUUAGAUAAUGAUUCAAAACGAAGAUUGGAUAGCUUGAAAUAUAAUCUUGACACUUUUCUGGAUUGGUGUGAGAAGGCAAGAAUGUUUGGUAUGAUGGAAGCAGCGACGAUAUUCCCAUACAUUCUAAUGGACCCAGUUAAAGCGCAGAAGACCUUCGAUAAUCCUGAAACUUACAUGGAAUAUUUGAUAGAAGACCGAUCGGUUCCAGUGAUAGAACAUGCUAGAGAAAACGAUUCAUAUAGAACAAAACAGUUGGAACUUUAUGAAGAAUUAGUUGAAAAAUAUAUUUCACAUUAUUAUAUCGGAAAGUCAAAAAUGGAGUCCUGCGCUGCAAAUACUACAAGUCUCGAAGAUCUUUUAAGUGCGAAGCAAUUACAACAUAUAUUGGAUAGGCUUGCCAAAUCUGGAGCUGAGCUUGUCAGCUAUGACCUCAAAUCAGCGACCCAAGGUAUCGCAGGGUUCCUCGGGGACCACUUAAGGCUGACACUUCACGUCAAGGAGGAGUUUGUAAGGAAGAUACACUUGUUCGUAAAAACUAUACCGAUGGGCAACCAACCUAAGGCUGAAUUUAUUACGCAAAAUCAGUUUAAUAAGAGGGAAGCGUUAAUGUUCAAGCUGUUUGAGGAGAUGGGGGGGACUGAGGAUCCGAACCCUUGGCGACCGAAAGCUUAUAUUUACACCGAAAACAUAUUAGUGAUGCCUGAUCUCUGCGCGGAGGGAUACAAAUCGUUUCCUGCUAAGAAAUAUUUGGAUAAAAACCACGUCUUAGUCACCAUGGCAUCUAUUGCUCGCUUUCACGCAGCCUUCUUCAACUUUAUCACUAAGAAAACUGCCAAUGGAAAGAAAUCCUACCAUUUUCUAAAUGAUUGUAGCCAUAUUAUGACUGAACCGACUUUUAUCGACUCGCCGUGGCUACACACCGCUGCGAAAUUAACUAGCAAAUUCCUAAAAGAACUAUCACUAAAUUCUGAAGGCUAUUCGAACGAUUUGGAGGAAAGAUUAGUUGAUUUUUAUGUUAAGGCGUGUGAAAGUUUAAAAUUAUACGAAGAGACUUUAAAUGUCAUCAUUCAUAAGGAUUUGUGGAUGAAUAACAUAUUGUUUCGUUAUAAUGGAGAUCUGGUCACCAAUGCUGUGAUAAUAGAUUAUCAGUGUACGCGUUUUGCUCCACCGGCCUUUGACAUCAUGGGGUUUCUGUAUUUAACUACAUCAAGAAGAUUCCGUGAGUGUUACGAAAAUGAAGUAUUGCGGCAUUAUUACUCAGUUUUUUUGGAAUCCUUAGAUAAUGAUUCAAAACGAAGAUUGGAUACCUUGAAAUAUAAUCUUGACACUUUUCUGGAUUGGUGUGAGAAGGCAAGAAUGUUUGGUAUGAUGGAAGCAGCGACGAUAUUCCCAUACAUUCUAAUGGAUCCACUUAAAGCGCAGAAGACCUUAGAUAAUCCUGAAACUUACAUAGAAUAUUUGAUAGAAGACCGAUCGGUUCCAGUGAUAGAACAUGCUAGAGAAAACGAUUCAUAUAGAACAAAACAGUUGGAACUUUAUGAAGAAUUAGUUGAAAAAUAUAUUUCACAUUAUUAAGAAAAAAAUAAAUGUCUUGAUCAUUCUAAGUUCGUAAGCUUCCGAAAUUUCUGUCAACAAACC